AUGAGUCCCAGGUGCAUGGUCAUGCCCACCAGGGGUUCGACCCCCCAAGUGCUGAGGGCUGGUGGUCACGACCAUCAACACCAACAACAGAAACUCGAGCUCGAAAUUUUGGAUUUUGCUGGAGCUUGUGGCUAUAGUACUCUGGCUGUAGGAUUCAACGGUGGCCGUAUUGCGGCUGCCGCGCCAUCGAUUUACAAAGAUGGAGCUGGCUGCGGUGCUUGUUUUCUGGUGAGAUGCAAGCACAAAAAGUUCUGCAAAGGAGAAGGGAUUCCGAUAAUAGUGACGGAUCGAAAUACGGAUAGCAGAACAGAUUUUGUGUUGAGCAAUAGAGCUUUCUUAGCUAUGGCCAACAAGGGUCAUGGCCAUGACCUUUUGAAACUUGGUCUUGCUGAUGUUGAAUACAAGAGAGUACCAUGCGAGUACAAGAAACAGAACUUGAGCAUUCGUGUGGAGGAAGAUUAUUCAAGUAAAAAACAACAGCAUUUGGCCAUUACAUUCUUAUAUCAAGGCGGCCAAACAGAGAUCGUUACUGCCGACGUCGCCUCGGUUGGAUCGACAUCAAGAUGGAAAUACUUGACGAGACUUCACGGGGCUGUUUGGAACACGAGUCGGGUCCCCGCUGGAGAUUUGCAGAUCCGAUUUAUGGUGACAGCUGGUUAUGAUGAGAAAUGGUAUUCGGCCAAACAUGCCCUCCGUAAGGACUGGAGAGGUGGUGCGACUUAUGAUUUGGGCCUCCAAAUAACAGACAUUGCCCAAGAAGAUUGUUCUCCUUGCGAUAAUUCAACCUGGAAAAUGUCAACUGAUCAGAAGCCUCUGAUUAAUUGA